AUGAAACUUUUAGUGGUGCUUGUAAGCUUUCUGGCAGCAUGCAAGGCCCAGAAUCCUGAACCAUGCACAAGUCCUGCUCUUCUGAGCGGCCAACUGACUUUGGCCACACAGAAUGAACAACUCUGGGCUUUUGCCCGCUACCUUUACGACGCACUUGGACAGAGGAUAAGACUCCAGGAAAUGGGAUUUUACCAGAAUAAGUCUUUUACCUAUGAUGCUCUUCUUCUCUACAGAGAGGGCGUGAUGUACGAAAUUAACAAUCAAGAGUCCACCUGCAAGAAAAGAGCGCUGCGGGCGGACUUCCAUCCUAUGGCGGUCCCGAGAAACGCCAGUCUGAUGGGUCAGGCCGUUCUGGGGAGCUCCUCGGGCCCGGGUCAGGGCGUCCUCGUCAACACGUGGACGGGUCAUCUUCCUGACAACGCACGUUAUUUGGUCACCGUCACGGAAUUUGGAUGCAUUCCCAUCUCGACGUCGUACAGAACUCAGCCAUUUGGAUGGAUGGUGACGAGCUUUUUCAACAACGUCAUUGGCAUUUCGGACCCCAAUCAGCUUAACCCUCCAGGUUUCUGUCAAGACGCACUGCACGAGGAGCCAAUCGACUUCUUCAGCUUGUUCCACAUGAUGAAAUGA